UAAUAGAUUAUCAAAAUGUGGCUGAAAAGUACAAAGGAAGCUCUUGUAGCGUGGGCAGUACGCAGAAUACUAUCUAAUAAUCUUCACAAACAGAACAUUCAGUAUUUCAUGCAGAGGCUUCCUUACACUAACAACACUGAAAUAGAACUGACAAAAAUUGGAGGCAACCGAUUCCUCGAUAUGAUAGAAAAGGACGCCAAUAGAGAGGAGGAGAGACAAAGGAGAAAAAAACAGAAAGCCACCAGAAAAUGGAACAAAUUACUCGAUAAAUGUGAACCGACCUCCGAAGAUCAUAAUACUAGAAUGGCGAACAUUGAGACUACAUGGCAUAUCAACAAUGAGGAUGCUUUCGAUUGUCCAUCAACCAAUACAGAGGACGAUAUGAUGGGAUUGAAGUUAAAAAUCAUAGAAAAUGAACAAAGUUAUAUUCAAGAGUUUGAUGUCCUUUGUAUACAAGCCAAAGAAGUUUUAAGGUGGCGUCAUGCUAUACCCAGAUUUAACAGACAGUGUAUCACCAAAAACCUACAGAAACUGAAGUGUAACGCACACACCAUAGAGGAGAAAGUGACGUCUAUAUCUCACAAUGACCUUCAAGGAUUAAUACAAGCCAUGGAUGAUACACUGAACGAUAAAUUUGUAUCCUAUUUAUUGGUAUAUUGCGAGAACAUUGGGGAGCUCCGUGGUCUAUUCAAACAGAAAAUGAGAAAAGACUUUGAAUUCUGUCGCCUACUCUUCAGUUCCUAUUUCCAAAUAGAGAGAUCUCUGCUGCCCAUACACAGAAUUUCAAAGCUUCAGUCUCUUUUGAAAGAAAUGUUGGAUUUCUUACGACCGAUCAGUCAGCCUGGUGACAGCAGCUUAUUCGAUCAAGUGGUACUGUUGGAGACCAAACUGUCUGAGAUUCUAAUGAAAUGCCACGAAGUGACUCAUUCAAUUUUGGGGACAAACUACAUGAACAACAUACUUCAAGCGUUAUUUCCCUUCAAUUUGAAACUUCCCAAUACUCUCCAGUCUCCAGAAAUGGCGCAGAAAAUGUUCAAAGAUGGCGACCAAAAAGUAUUCCCUGAAAAUGGAUUGAUGAAGAGUCCAGACAAAGGCGAUCUCAAAACAUCAAGUUGUGAUGGGAGUUCAACUAGAAGGGAGACGAGGAGGAGGAAUGGACAGAAAAGGAAAGGAAAAAGGUUUUGUGCCUGGUUCAAGAAUGUUCUGCAGGGAUGUUUCAGGAUCAAAUUCCAGGAUUUGCUUCUGGGAAGAUUCUGGGGCAUUUGCAGAUCCCAGGAUGUUGAGUGAAGAGAAUCCUGAACAUUCUAGGAAAAAUUCUGGAAUGUUCAGUGGAGAUGAAUCGGAAAAUUCUGGGGCAUGCCCCAGGAUAUGCUCCAUGGAAGAUUCUGGGCGAAAUCUUGAGGACUGUUACUGGGAUAUUCCUGGGACAUUUGCAGAUCUUAGAAGCGCCAAUUCCUGGACAGAUUAUGGUGCAUCAUCGUCUGUCGGUUUUAAGGAAAUGAUAGAAAUGAGUGACCUGUCAGUUUCGGAAGCAGAGAUCAGUGCCAGAUGUCAACCAAUAGGAGUGGAGCUUCUUAGAAUGCUUGAGACCACCUUUGGCAGCAGACCAAUGUGUAAGGAGGAGGUGAAGAAGGGGCAGGAGGAGGAGGAGGAGUUUGAGACCGAUCCUAAAACUACGACUCAAUUCUCGGAUGAAGGUCAGAGAGUUGGAGAUUUUUCAAUUUUCUACGAUUUGCCCUCUGAUACUCACUCACCAAAAGAGAACCGGAGGAGAAACUUGACUGACGAAGAGGCUGCGAUAAAUGAGGAGGAGAGCAGGACCAGUGGAGGAGGAGGAGGAGAAAGAGUAGAAGGCGGAGGAGGAGGAGGAGUAGGAAACGAAAGAGAAGGACGAGGGGAAGUAAGGCUAGAAGUUGGACUAGUAGGAAAAGGAGCAGAAGGAGAGAGAGAAAGAGGAGGAGAAGGAAAGAGAAUGAAGAGAGUAAGCGAGGUGUUACAGAGAACAUUAUGGGAGGAGACAGAGAAAGUCAUACAGGAGAAUGUAUUAGAAACCAUGACGAAAGCUGACAUAGCUCUACAAGAGUCCAAAUUCGAAAUUUUGACCUCGGAACUUUCCUACCUGAACUCGCUGAAUAUUCUAGUCACAGUUUUCAUCAAAUCAAAAGAACUGAGCAGUAUUCUAUCACAAAGUGACGAGGAAUGUUUAUUCAAGCAUAUCGUUAGGGUGAAAAAAGCGUCAGAAAUGUUCCUAUAUGAUCUGGCGGGUCAAUGGGAAGACGAUAUCUUUCUGAGUGGCAUUUAUCGCGAAAUUCAGAAACAUAGUCGGACUACUUUGAAAGUAUACAUUGACUAUUGCUCGAACCAAGUCAACCUACAUCGUACGCUGCAGAGGUUAUUACUAGAAGACGAGAAAUUCGUGGAGAUGACCAGUGAGUUACAGCAGAGCAGCGAGUGUUUUGGCAACUCGUUGAAUUCGUUCCUGAUGUUGCCAAUGCAAAGGGUAACAAGGCUGCCUCUCCUGUUGGAGACGAUUGCAAGGAGACUGCCUGAUGACUCCGACGAGAAGAAAGAGUGCUUAAUCACACUUGACUCAUUGCAUGAGCUUGUACAUGAAUGUAACGAGGCAGUUAGAGAUGCUGAGAAUGAAAGCUGCAUAGAGGAUAGAUACGGACACAAGAAGAAACUAUCUUUAAAUUCUUUGGAACCUCUCACACCAAAAGCAAGUCACAGGAAGUGGUCCCUAUUCAAUAUAAGAGAGAUAAAACUAAAUGGUUGAAAUCAAUAGAUUCACGAAAAAAUGCAUUUUUCAUUUUUUGAAAAUAAAAGCUUUUGAAGCAGUAUUCUUGCCUCUAGUUUAUAGUCGCAAUUAAAAGACUGUCUAACAAUAAAUAUGUUGAGGAGGAUUUGAACUUUGAAAAAUCUAUGAAAAAGUAUAUUCAUAUUUUCUGCUUUCAGUCUUGACUGAAAAAGACUAUUAAGCUGACAAUCAGAGAUAAAAGAUGAAUCUUCUGCAAUUUUAUUAUCAUAAUUUUAUAUAUAAAAUUAUGUAAAACGAUGUAUAGAAGUUCAAAUUACUGACAAAUUAGAAAAAAAAUGAUGUGGAAAUCAUUUAUGAUUGAUAUGGCAUUAAAAAAAUGAAGUUUUAUGUAAGACAAUUCAAUAAUAAAAUACUACCUAACAUAGGAGUCCAAAUAAUUAUUAUUUAUUAUUGUGAUUAUCUAUUUAAAUAAUUGAUGAAAUUU